AGCAACGACCGGGAUAGGGGAUCACAGUUUUCGUUGCUUAUAUUAUUAUAACGAAAAACAAAUUAAAAACAAAAGUAACCAUGCCCUGCUCGGCCAUAACUCUCUCGUUGGGCACGAUAACCGGCAUCAUAGCCACGGCUCUCCUGAUCAUAGCCUUCCUCACGGACAAUUGGCUCUACACGGAGGUCAAGCGAGCGCAGAUACAGCAAUACGCAUCCAAACACCCCGAACAGACUCACAUAGUCGAUCAGAUAAACAAGAAGUACUACUACUACACGAGGACGCAGGGACUGUUCAGGAUAUGCUAUCCCAAGGAUCGGCCGCCCACAGUGCAAACGUACUUGAGCAUGGUCGAGACGCACUGCCACAACAUCAACUACUUCCUCUCGAGUGACGACGACGACCAGAUGAAGGCGUUCACCGAGGACGCGACCACUCGGCUGAAUUUGGGACGAGGGGUACUCAUACUGUUCAUUUGCGCCUUUGCCUCGAUAUUCGUGUCCCUCUGGACCGGCUUUAUCGGCUGCUGGAAGAGGUCGUACGGCAACAUCACCGCCACGGCCAUUUUCAUGCUCCUUGCCUGUUUGCUGAGCGCCGGGGCGAUGGGCGUGUGGCACGGGGUCGAGUACUACGAGAAGGAGAAAAUCGUCGGCGAAGAGUACUACCAGCAGUGGAGCAACGUGCUGAAGGACAACUCGGUGAUCUCGUACGACUGGUCGUACAUGGUUGCCUGGGUCGGCGUCGGCUGGUCCCUCGUGAGCGCCAUACUCUUCAUCGCCUCGGCGAUAUGCCUGAGGGGCGAGAGAAUGCGCGAGGAGGCCAUGAACAUGCAGUACCUUAUGCCAGUCUAUCCGCAGAAACAGCAGUACGCGUACGCGGGCUAUCCGGCCCCGGCAGCCUACCCUGGGCCCUAUUACCACGGAUCCCAAAGCUACGCGACCUACAACUACUGACAAGCCCCGGGGAGCUGCGCUUGAUCAUCAUCAUCCGCACAGGAGCGUCAAGCCUCUUGCGUUCGACAACGUUAUCAACAAGAGUGAAUCGUUGCUAACGACAGUGUCGCCUCUUUCGACUCGAACAUUAAUUUUAUUCCUUUCCGACAAUAAAUUACUUACAUAUACAUUACAUGAAGACGCGGUACUUUUGCGUAUCGGUUUUUUCUCAAUUAUAACAUACGUAUACGCUGCGCGCAAAGUAUAACAAUCAAUUUGGCACGCGCGAUAUUUCUAUAUAUUUUUCGCCCCGUCAUUCAGAGUCGCCCAACUUGUUGAUGUUCUUGUUAUUUCGAUCGCUAUUGAUUUCAAUAUUUUUUACUACUCAGCAUUACACUCGUAGACUCCAUAGACAAUAAUUAUGAAUAACAAAACCUUAGCGCAUACUCGACUUAAUAUUAUAUAUAUAAUAUAUGUAUACACGCGCGCGCGUGUGUGUUAGGUACAUACUAUCGUGUAACGUAACGUAAUUUUAUGUAUUGUAUAUCACAUUGUAAUACGUUAUGCUUAAUUAUUAUCUGUUUGGUGCAUUAUUUAGUUGACGCAGUGUAAUUGAUACGUUGUCCACGAAAAAUACACGCGUGUAUCUCGUCGUUUCGCUGAAUAUUGUGUACGUCUAGGUAUAUGCUGUCAGUCACGUUGAUUCGAGUGCGUCUUGAAAAAAAGAGAGUAUAGUCUCUCGACUCAUUUACAACUACUUAUAUUUUUGUAAAGGUUUACAAAUAAUGUGCACUAGUGCGUAAGGUAGCGAUAAGUUGGCGGGGAAGGAGGACUCGAUGAAAUUUUAAAUUUCCUUAGAAAUUAUUUUGAACGAACAUUUGGAUGUUAUGAAAUAACACUGGUAGGUUCAUUACGGUUUAUUAUUUUUUUAGUGCAAUAAAAAAAAAAGAGUAUGUUUUGUUCUAACAAAUAAGUAUAAUCAAGUUUUCACUCUGUAAAACACGAUUUUAAACUGCAUCAUUAUAUACACUGCCAUAAUACUUUGGAAGUGCGUUUUUACGUAUAUUAUUAGACAAAAAAAAUAUAUAUAUAUAUAAUUGAAUUUUUUGUAUGUAUUUGAACGGAAAAAAUUUAAUAAAAGUUUAAUUAUU